GGUGUCUGGAUGGCUUGGAUGGCUUGGGUGGCUUGGGUGUUGGUUUCCCCUGCGUGCUGCCCAGCUGAUGAGUAUCGUUCAAGCGAUAGCAAAUGACCCGCUUCUGAACACAAGGAGAGCAGCCAUGCUUGGAAUCGAUACGCUUGUGAAGAUGAUGGGAGCUGGGAUGAAGAUUGAUCUAGCUGUUGGAUCGAUCAUAGAGAACAUUAUACAGGAGAUCCUGAGGGCUGUGGAGAGGAGCACUCAAAACCAAGUUGUCUCCAAGCUAUCCAACGAGGCAAUUCGUGCUAUUGCAAGCACAACUGCGGCACUUAACUUGUACACUUUUCAAACCGGCAGUCAAUCCAGCACGUCAGGGUCAACCGGUCCGGGAACAGAAACCUCGAAAGGCGGAUAUCAGGACAUACUGAGCCAGUUGGCAAAGAUAUCAUCGGUGAGUCGAUCAUCUGAGAUCCUCGAUGCAGUGAAGGCCGUGACGCUGGGUAAGAUCCCCCCAGCCAAUUUCUCCGAGAACACUCGCAUCGAGGCAAUAAUGGACAGGGCAAACACCAUGGUUCUUUCAACGUCGAUCCCAUUCCCAACACAAUUUUCAGACGCAGUCAAAGGCGCGGAUUUCUACCAACUUGAUCUGGAAACUGCUGCUGCAAGUCAAGAGUCAGUACCGAGGAAGAAAGCCGUUAAUGUGGGUGUUAUAUCCGGUGCCUUACUGGGGGUGAUCGCGGUGAUGGCAGUUGCUGUCUUCAUCUUCGUCAGGCGCAAGAUAGCAGCAAGGAAGGCACUAUACAAGGCAGUUGGAAAGGCAGAGGAGAUGGGAAUGAUCGAGGCUCAUCGGCCAUCGAUGCCACCGGUUACUGUAAAGCCUUCCGAGCCCAUAGGCUUCUCGCCGGAAAGUGUGGGUCUUCCAUCACGGCGAUCAUCAAGUACACAGGAGGCUGCACCAUCCUUGGCGAGGAGAAUUAGCAGGAUUGGACUGAGAAGACUCUCAGGAGUACUGGAGAAGAUAGAGAACCCUCUGUAUGACUCCAGAUCCCCGAUUGGCACUAGCGAGAUGCAGGCACCCCCGGCAACGCCGGAACAAGUCAGAGCUUUGGCCAGAGGAGCUGGAGGGGAAGGAGAGAGGAUUUUCCCCGGCGAAGGAGAGAGACGAGUUAGUCAAAUACCAUCCGCUGAAUUUGCUGAGCAGAGGAGACGAGUCUCCUUGCUGAUGCGGCAACAACUACGAAUUGACACGACGCCAGGGCCUGGCCUGGACCUCUAUUCUGAAUCCUCACCUUCCGUUCCUAGUCCCACCUCUCCAAUCACUCCGUCAAAGUUUUCACCAUCAAUGGCCCCGCGGCGACCGUCAAUUGUUCCUCGCUCAUCUUUCUUCACGCCUCAAGAUAACCAGCGACGGUCAUCACAGAGCGGCCAAGACAAAGCCAGACGGACUUCCGUGGAUAGCCCUCAGAUGCAGAGAGGAGAGACAGUGAACUUAACUUCUCAAGAUAACCAGCGACGGUCGUCACAGAGCGGCCGAGACAAAGCUCGACAAACUUCCGUGGAUAGCCCUCAGCGGCAGAGAGGGGACACAUUAAAUUUAAUGGAAUUGCCAGACGGACCGCAAGAGGGUGCUGUGAGACAAGGAGAUGGUACGUUGACUUCGUUUGUCCGGGUUGGAAAACGAGCCGCAGAAGCAGAAGCAGAAGCAGAAGCAGAGGCUGAAGAGCCCAGAGGUGCUGGUCCCACUCGGAAAAAGUCCAGAAGGUCAAGAAUGAGCGAACAGCCCACCUCACCAGGUUCUCCCGUCUUCAAGUUCCUUAGGCGGCUCUCCCAGACCUUUACAGGUAGCAGAAGUCAGCAGAAGCAUCCUGAUGAUGUGGAAAGUUUAGAUCUGUCCACCAUGCCGCGGCAGCAGCAGUCAAAGGACCAGGAGGGCCAGGAAGUCGUGCCUGAACCCUCGUCAUCCCCCUCUGCUGCUAUGCGAUCGGUUCAACCUGUGAUGACAGCAACUGCUUAUCCCACAGCACCAGAAGUUGUUCUAGAGAGUGUGGAAUCCAUAGAUGUCAGUGACCUGAGGGCCAACAAGAAACUUGCAAAAAGGUCGAACAGACGAAGCUCGUGGGCACGACGACUUUCGGCUCUCUUCGCCGGCGAGCAACUCCCCCCAGGAACACCUACCCAAAGAGCUUGAAGGUUGUCCUGCGAAGGACAAAGGCUUCUUGCAGGAACAUAGACCAAGUUUAGGGGCAAAUUCAUGCUA